AAGAAAUUUCCAAAUAUCUACAUAAAUUAAUCGCAAGUCACGUCAACAUUUUUACAAAAAUACAUAAGCUUACAUACAUAUUCGUCUGUACUUAGACCAAGCAAUUACCACAACUGAUUGGUGUAGGUCUGGGUAUAUAAAUACAUCGUGCAAUAGCAAACCCUGCAAAUUAAACAUUUUCUUCCGUGUUUUGGUUACGACAAGAAGUAUUUAGGCUACAUUGUGUUCAAAAAAAAAAAAAAACAUAGAUUGGAAGCAUAAAAAGCAAACAACUGUUUAAGAUGAUGCUGUUACCAGCACUAUUAUUAUUCGCUGCAAGUAUUUGCGUAUUUGCCCAAACCAAUCCUAAAGAAACCGAAUUUUCUCGAAAUGUGAAAAAAAGUGUCAAUAAAAUGAACGCAGACUUUGCUAAAAUCCUCGUCGAAGAUUUGGUAUCGGAAAAAAACUUCAUAUUUUCACCACUCAACAUUUACGGAGCUUUAGCCCUAGUUCAUUUGGGCGCCACUGGCACGACCAGAAAUGAGCUUUCAACUGCUUUAGGACUUCCUGCCGAAGAGAACAAAUUAGCUGAAGCCCAUGGAAAAUUAGGAAAAUUACUGAAUGGUAUUCAGAAUCCAACUCUUGAAUCGGCUAAAGUGAGCAUUGCUAAUGGAAUCUUCACUCGUAAAGGAUUAAAACUCAAAGAUAGUUACACGAAAGGAACGGCUAAUUAUUAUAAAAGUGAAACUCAGCAAGUAGACUUUGCAAAAGGUGGAGCUGAACCAACGAAUAUCGUUAAUAAAUGGAUAGCAGAUAAAACGAAAAAUCGCAUACCAAAAGUAUUCAGUGGAGAGAUUUCCAGAGAUACGAUUGUAUUAUUGGCAAGUGCAUUAUACUUCGCUGGAAAAUGGUCCGACGAAUUUUACGAAUCCAAUACCCAAACGAAAAAUUUCAACACCGGAGCCAAACAAAUCCAAGUACCAACAAUGAGCACCAAUCAAUCAAUCGGCUACGUCAACAAUAAAGACUUGAAAUUCGAAGCCAUCAGUCUACCUUACUUGUACGGAGACUUCGCAAUGCUAAUCGUUCUACCAAACCGAGACCAAUCAGUGAAAACGUUGGUAAAUUCCCUCAAACCGGAACAAAUCUCCGAAAUAGUAUCAUCUCUCAAAAGGACAGACGUAAAUUACCAAAUUCCUCGUAUGAAAUUCCGUUGGUCUCAAGAUAUAAACGAUAUCCUCACGAAACUGGGAGUAAAACAGAUGUUCAACAAUGCCGAACUUGGAAAUAUGGUGGAUCUGAAGAAUAUACUCAUAUCGAGGGUAACUCACGCGGCUGAAAUUGACGUUAAUGAAGAAGGAACUGUAGCAAGUGCAGUAACAACGAUUCAAGUAGUACCGCCUUCGGCGCAGAUACCCAUUCGGUCACCCAUUCCAUUCCAUGCAGAUCGACCAUUUUUAUUUUCGAUUUAUCACCGAGAUACUGGUAUUAUUUUAUUCACUGGUGUGGUGCAAAAUCCGGUCGAAGAGAAUAUGAUGCUGUUACCAACAUUAUUAAUAUUCAUCGCUGCAAAUAUUUGCGUAUUUGCCCAAACCAAUCCUAAAGAAACGGAAUUUUCUCGAAAUGUGCAAAAAAGUGUCAACAAAAUGAAUUUAGACUUCGCUAAAAUCCUCCUGGAAAACUUACCCUCGGAAGGAAAUUUUAUAUUCUCACCUUUCAAUAUCUACGGAGCUUUAGCCCUGGUGCAUUUGGGCGCCACUGGCACGACCAGAAACGAGCUUUCCAACGCUUUGGGGUUACCUGCCAAAGAAAACAAAUUAGCCGAAGCCCACGAAAAAUUGGGGAAAUUGCUGACUGACAUUCAAACUCCUCAAUCGGCCAAGGUGAGCAUUGCUAACGGAAUAUUCACGUCGAAAGGAUUAAAACUCAAAGAUGGUUAUACGAAAGGAACGGCGAAUUAUUAUAAAAGUCAAGCUCAGCAAGUAGACUUCGCGAAAAGUGGACCUGAGGCGACGAAUAUCGUAAAUAAAUGGGUAGCUGAUAAAACGUAUCAACGCAUACCAAAAUUAUUCAGCGACGAGAUAUCAAAAGACACGAUUAUAUUAUUAGCUAGCGCAUUAUAUUUUGCUGGAAAAUGGUCGGAGGCCUUUCACGAAUUUCAUACUCAAACAAAAAAUUUCCACACCGGAGUGAAGCAGAUCCAAGUACCGAUAAUGAGCAAUAAUGAAUCAGUUCCCUACGUCAGUAAUAAAGAUCUGAAAUUCGAAGCCAUCAGUAUACCUUACGUGUAUGGAGAAUUCUCAAUGCUAAUCAUCCUACCAAACCGAAACCAAUCAGUGAAAACUCUGGUAAACUCGCUCAAAUCGGAACAAAUUUCCGAAGUAAUCAAAUCUCUUGAACUGACAUACGUAAAUUACCAAAUUCCUCGUAUGAAAAUCCGUUGGUCGCAAGAUAUAAACGAAACCCUCGUAAAAUUAGGAGUAAAACAAAUGUUUAGUAGCGCUGAACUCGGCAAUAUGGUCGACUUGAAUAAUACACGGGUAUCGAAAGUAACUCACGCAGCUGAAAUUGAAGUCAAUGAAAAAGGAACUGUAGCGAGUGCAGUGACAACGAUACAAAGGAGACUCAUGAUGGCGACAAUAUACAGCAUUCCACCAAUUCCGUUCCACGCAGAUAGGCCCUUCUUGUUUUCAAUUUACCACAGAGAUACAGGUAUAAUCUUAUUCACCGGUGCGGUUCAAAAUCCAACAGUCUAGAAGCGCUGAUGAGCUGUGUUUUAAGAAGUACAAUUUGAAUGUUUGAUCUUUCUUCACCCCUUUCAUAAAUUGAAAUUCAACAAUCAAAACGUUUCGGUCAUAUUCAUGCUGUUGUUCUUUUGAAAACGAAAAAUCGAAAUCAAAGAGAUAAAAUGCACCCUCUCCCAUCCCCUUUGUUGAGUUGUUUUUCAGAUGUGGCGUCCCGUUUUAAUUGUAACUACGCACUCGUUUGUAUGAAUAAUUUAUAAAAUACAUACUUAAUUUUGUUUUCCA